CCACCGACCCUAAUUUUUUUUUGUUUGAAAUACUGAAAAUCCGGAAAUUUUCGUAAAUUUAGCCCGUUUUCCGUUUUAUUAUUAUACACACCCAAGUCUUAUAAACGCUUGUAUAUGACGGGCACUGGUUUUAAAGCGUAUUGAUGACCUCGAUGUUCAAAAAACAUGGCGGCUUUUUGCACGCCGUCGUCUGUUUUGGCACUGACGAUAAAAAAAUGUAAACACAUGGACGAAAAGCGAAUUAUGACAUCACUGCCGCAUACAACGCUAUGUGGAGAUAUAUUUUAUAGAUAUCACGAAAAAAUUGUAAAAGGUGAUUGUGUUAUAUUGGGGAGGGAGGUUGGACAGUCGACUACCUUUGAGGUUGGACCAGGGCUGUCUGUUGGCGACGUUAUGAAUUUCAAUGUGAAGAGCUUGGAAUAUCACUGUCGAUGCGAUGAUGAGGUAGAGGAACUUAAACAGAAGAUCGAGGACUCAUCCAAACAAGCAACACAAAAAACAAUCAAUGCCUUUGAGCUCUUGAUGGCAGGGGGUCGAGAUUUCGUUAAAAAGAAGGAACGAAGUUCUGGAGUGAAAGAAGGUCUGAACCAGAAAGAUGAAUUAUUUAAUGGACUGGUAGAUGAAUUCAAAACGAGUAAAGUCGAUUUCCCCAAAGCACAUGUCAACACUGAUGGACCUUAUAUUGUACAGGAUUAAAGGACACAUUGAGGUACUCUGCAAUGCAUUAUGGUAUAUCACCAACCACCAUGACAGGAUCAACAGUGAAAGCAGACGCAAAGGUGUUGUUAGUGUACCAAAGGUCUUUGAUAAAUAUCAGAAUUUCAAUGACACAAGAAAAAAGAAAAUAAAACAAGAAAAUCUAUCAGCUGAUCAAUUAGAAAGCCAUAGUCAAGCCCUGUAUAGCUUGCUGCUGAAACCUGUAACACAGAGCACCCCAGCAUGGAAGGAAGUUCAUGACAACAUUAAAGGUCUUGCUGAUUGCCUCUCUUCAUACAAAACAUAUCUUGUCAACAAAGCAAAAGAAAUGAACUUUAAUCACGAACUUGAACACCCUGUAAGAACAGUGGGGGAAAACACAACAGUGGAGCAUAGACAGC